UUCCCCGUUGCUCCGCUCCAUUGCUACCCAGAGACACGACAAACCCAAUCGAACACGCAAAAACCACAGGAAUUACUACCUCCUAGCAAGCAAAUCAAGCAGCCCGUGGCCAAUCCAUGGCGGAUCCGGACGCGGCCGAGGAGUGGGGCCUCUCCGCGUGGCCCCCCUGGAGCUCCCUCCUCCUCCGCGUCAUGAGCAGGCGCCGCACCUGGGUGGCCCUCUUCCUCGCCGUGUACGCGGGCCUCCUCUGCUCGUCGUGGCGCCUGCUCGAGUCCGUCCGCGCCUGGUACCACUCGGCGGCGGCCGGAGGGGCGGGGGCGGGGGCGGCCGCGGGGGCGCGCGCGUGGCCGGCGGCGCUCUACGCGUCCCUGAUGUACGGCGCCGUGUUCGGGCUCCUCUCGAUGGGGGCCGCGCUGGCCGUGGCGGCGCCGGCCAUGCUCGUGACGUGGAUCACCGUCCUCGUCCUCCUCGCGUUCGCCGGGAAGCCGCGGAGGUCCCUGGUCGCGGAGGGGAGGCGCGCCACGGCCGACAUCGCGCGGGUCGCGCUCCGCGUCCUGCUGCGCGAGGGCAACGCGGUCGCCGCGCUCUGCGCCGCGGCCAGCUUCGCCGCCCUCCUGGCCGGCCGCUGACGACGACGACCAGCGAAAUUGGCCGGUUCCCCCUCCUUUUUUUUCUCCUCCUCCUUCUUCAGUUAAUUUUUUCGUUUCAAUUCCGUUCCGAAGCAGUAACUCGGUUGGGGUUUCGGUGUUUCUCCCCCCUUUUUUGGGUUAAUUUGGUUUAUUAGGGGUACAUUAGGGAGCACAAACUGUUUAAUUACUGUGUAAAUUUACUAAUUGCAAUCCAAGAUGAGGUCCUCUUUCCCUUUCGCUUUGCUUUACGAGUAGGCAUGGCAUCUGUUGUAUUGUAUGGUUUUACCAUUUUUUUUUGUAAAGGAUGACCGUCCCAUUUCGGACAGCUAGAAAGCUGACGGCGGACGGGGACAGUCGUGAAGAGGAAGGUACUGGGCUUAUCCGCGUGUGCGAAACACUGGUCGAGUCCGUAUCUCUAAUCAGAUAAUUUGGUGUAGAAGGGCACAUAUAAAUGUACUUAAAUUUGGUGACUUAUAGAAAAUGGAGAGAAAGAGAAAGAAAAAAGU